AUGAGCAAUGCAUCGCUGCCGCCCAAUGCCCCCGCGACCAACGGUAUCCCUACCCAAGGUCAUGGAGAAGCAGAUGUAUCCUCCCACCCCGCGAACAGAUCGUUAACCUUAGCAGAGGUCUGCGCUCAACUCCACUCACAAGUCGACUCGUUCCUGUCUGCAGACCCCCAAGACGACGUGACAAGACGGACACAAGAGCAGAGUAGGAUAGCCUUGGGAGUAAUAGACAAGGCCCUCCGCGAUUACGACAGAUUCGAGGCUCUAUCACUCUCCUACAACGGCGGCAAAGACUGUCUAGUCCUGCUGAUACUAUACUUGUCCGCCCUGUACGCGCACUUCACACGCCUCAAGAAUGAAAAGCAUGACACGGACCCUCCCACGUUUCCCACGUCCAUCCCCUCCAUCUACGCCAAACCGCCCGACCCAUUCCCCGCAGUCUCCAGCUUCGUCGACUACUCUUCGCAACUCUACCACCUCGAUUUGUCGCAUAUAUCUACAAACCCAGGCCCGACCAAGAAAGAACGCUCACACUCCAAUCCCACAAUCACCAAGCCCUUCCCUCGAGUGGAUGGCGGCGAGGACGGCACCAACAACGACAUAGAUCUCGUGGCGAAACCUAUAAUCUCCUUCCGCGACGCAUUUGCAUUGUACUUGGACGCAAACCCAUCGAUAAAAGCGAUUUUUGUGGGCACACGAAGGACAGACCCCAACGGCGCACAUCUCACGCAUUUCGACCCAACGGAUCACAACUGGCCGACGUUCAUGCGUGUACACCCCGUGAUAGACUGGCAUUUACCGGAGAUAUGGUGUUUCCUACGGUCACCGCACCUGAAGGACCUAGAGACGGGUGGUCCUCUCAAAUAUUGUCCUAUGUACGACGAGGGAUAUACCAGUCUCGGCGGGCUCAAUGAUACCCUGAAAAAUCCGAAGCUGAAAGAGCGCGACGAGAAUGGCAAUGAAUUCUACCGGCCGGCUUUUGAGAUGACGCAGGAUGAGGGCGAAAGGUUGGGCAGGGAAUGA